AUGUCAGAGCACAUGAUGGUCUAUCGCAUUCUGCCUCUCCAAUGCAUUGCCUGCAGCAUCGAAGCAAGAGCCGGGUCCCGGGUUGUCCCGGGCUGGUGCGGGGAUGCAUUCCGGAACCUGGGAACGAGCAUGCCUGCUGUACUCUGCUUCGUGGCGCUUACCGGCUUACCGGGUGUCGUGACGUGGGACGUGAGGGGUGGGGCUUCCCUCGCAGGGUCACGGGUCCCGGUUGUCCCGGGCUGGUCCGGGGAUGCAUUGGGGAACCUGGGAACGAGCAUGCUUGCUGUAGUCUCUGCUUCGUGGCGCUUACCGGGUGUCGUGACGUGGGACGUUGCAGGUCCCGGGUUGUCCCGGGCGUCCGGAGAUGCAUUGCGGAACCUGGGAAGCAUGCCUGCUGUGCUCUCUGCUUCGUGGCGCUUACCGGGUGUCGUGACGUGGGACGGUCACGAUUGCAUUGGGGAACCUGGGAACGAGCAUGCUUGCUGUGCUCUCUGCUUCGUGGCGCUUGUCGUGAUGUGGGACGAUCUUGAGGCAGCUGUCGCAGAGUUGCAGACGGCUGCAGCCGGCGCAGGACCGGCAUCCUUUGGCGUUCUUUCUGUGCCUGCGCGCUGGGCAGGCGAUGUAGCUGCGCUUUCUCAGAAGCUGAAGGGAGGUUUGGCUGCAUUGGUUGGCGUCGUGCAGGACACGAAAGAUGCAGCCGCCCCUUUGCGACUGCUUCUGGGAAGUGGAGGUGAUGUGAAGCCUUUCUUCGUGAACAAGGAAGAGCUGAGCCAGGCCGGCGCCGGCUUGGCGAAGGAAAACCCAAUCCCGGGAGUUCCCGACGGCGCACACGGAUCGGUGCUGCUCUUCGCCGACUCUAAGGUGCCUGGCAGCCUGACCCGCAACCUGCUCGAGGCCUUAGAUGCUCGCUAUCCCAAUGCUUCAAAGACUGGCCUCCUCGUAAGACCUGCUGCUAAAGCGGAGCAGGAUUCGGCGGCAGACGACCUCCAGAACUGGGAGCCUCCGUACACCCCAAGUGGAUGUAUGUCCUCCUCCGAUGGCUCUUGCCGGGUUGCGGCAUUGGAAAGCUGGAUCCGGGAGCAUGGAGGGAGCAUCUGCGAAGCUGCUUCGGUGCUGGAUGCGGAUGGCUACCGUGGUGUCUUUGCACGCGAGGCCUUGCGGCCCGACACCGACUUCUGUCGGAUACCUCAGAAGCUGCUGAUCACCGAGAAGCUGGCCGAGGCUUCGCUGCCUUUCGGAGAAGAGCUGCGGCAGAGCGCUGAAGAGUUGAUGCCAUCUGCGGCUGGUCUGCUCCUCCUGACGGCCUUGCUGCUGAGGGACUCUGCGGCGGAAUCUGCGCGGGCCGCGCCGGGUGCCGGUGGCGAGAGCUUCUUCGCGCCCUACUACCAAGCCUUGCCGACGGAGGUGCGGCAGAUGCCAUCAUGCUGGCCCACGGACCACUGGCUUCAUGCUGCCAUUCGGGGGAGCCAUCUCGAACGAUUGGUCAAGGCCAAGCGCCACGGCUUGGGCUUGGAAUUUUCUCUUCUCCAGAGCCAUGCUGCGAAACAUAUACCGAUAUGCUGGGAGGAUUUUUUGUGGUGCCGAUGCAUGGUUGCCAGUCGAGCGUACAGCCUCCCCUUGGACGGCGUAACAUCCCAACGCUGCCUUGUACCAUGGGCGGACCUCUUGAAUCAUGGGCAGGGAGAAGAGCUCUCCGCCCGCUAUGCUUUCCAGCCCGGCAGCUCUGAGGAGGAUGGCUAUGUCCUCAUGCGCAUCACCAAGCCUGUCGCAGACGGUCGAGAAGUCUUUCAGACGUACGGCGAUAAGAACAUCCCAACGCUGUUUGUGGAUUAUGGCUUUUGCUUGCAGAAGGGGUGUGCAGUGACGUCCCUCCAAAUCACUGCACCCAGCUGCAGCGACGGCAGCACAGCGAUGCAGAAGGAGGCUUAUCGGAAGUUCUGGCAGCUCGCCGGAGGGCCCCCGGGUCGAAAAGCCAUCGCCGUGGAGGUAGAUGCAUGCGGCUGGCGACGAGUCCUUCCCAUGUUGCGCGCUGCAGCGGCCUGCAAUGCGGCGCAAGAAGGCACAUCUGACUUCCUGGAUCCAGUGGACAUCGGGCUGGAGACAAGUGCUUGCCGGAGCUUCCGAGAGCUUUGCGAACAUGGGCUCAGCAGGCUGGCUUCGCUGGAAGAGAUGCGCCACCGAGACUUGAGGGACUGGGAGGCCCAGGCAGUGCCGGCUUGCAUCCAAGUGCUGGAGGAGGAGAGGGCUCUGUUGCAGCUCUUCGUGUCCUUGGCCGAUCACGCCCUGUCAUGCUUGCAGAGGACCUCGACCUCGGAUAUGCAAAAGAUUCCCCUUGGGGCAGUCGGGAGUUUGCCGGAUCCCUUCUCGGAGUACUUGGCUCAACUGCAGUCUCUUCACGGUCCGGGGACCUGA